AUGGCUCCAGUAUUCACUAACUCACAAGGUAACCCAGUUCCAGAACCAUUUGCCACUCAAAGAAUUGGUAAGCAUGGUCCCUUGUUGUUGCAAGAUGUCAACUUGAUUGAUAACUUGGCUCACUUUGACAGAGAAAGAAUCCCAGAAAGAGUUGUCCAUGCUAAAGGUUCAGGUGCUUAUGGUGUUUUCGAAGUUACUGAUGACAUCACUGAUAUUUGUGCUGCUAAAUUCUUGGACACUGUUGGUAAAAAGACCAAGAUCUUUACUAGAUUCUCCACUGUUGGUGGUGAAGCUGGUUCAGCUGACUCUGCCAGAGAUCCAAGAGGUUUUGCCACUAAAUUCUACACUGAAGAAGGUAUCUUAGAUUUGGUUUACAACAACACCCCAAUUUUUUUUAUUAGAGAUCCAUCUAAGUUCCCUCACUUUAUCCACACCCAAAAGAGAAACCCAGAAACUCACUUGAAAGAUGCUAACAUGUUCUGGGACUACUUGACUUCCAACCCGGAAUCAGUCCAUCAAGUUUGUUUCUUGUUUAGUGAUAGAGGUACUCCAGCUUCAUACAGACACAUGCACGGUUUCUCUGGUCACACUUAUAAAUGGGCCAACGCUAAAGGUGAAUGGCACUAUGUCCAAGUCCACUUUUUGACUGACCAAGGUGUCAAGAGUUUGACUAAUGAAGAAGCUGGUGCUUUGGCUGGCUCUAACCCAGAUUUUGCUCAAGAAGAUUUGUUCAAGAACAUUGCUGCUGGUAACUAUCCAUCAUGGACUUGUUACAUCCAAACCAUGACUGAAGAACAAGCCAAGAAAGUUCCAUUCUCGGUUUUUGAUUUGACCAAAAUUUGGCCACACAAGGACUUCCCAUUGAGAAGAUUUGGUAAAUUCACUUUGAACGAAAACCCAAAGAACUACUUUGCUGAAGUUGAACAAGCUGCUUUCUCACCAGCCAACACUGUACCAUCAAUGCAACCAUCCGCUGAUCCAGUCUUGCAAUCAAGAUUGUUUUCAUACACUGAUACUCAGAGACACAGAUUGGGUACCAACUAUGUUCAAAUCCCUGUCAACUCACCAUUGCACGGAACUGUUUACGCUCCAAAUGUUAGAGACGGUGCUAUGAACGUUAACGGUAACCUUGGUGCUACUCCAAACUACUUGGCUUCUGACAUUCCAGUUGAAUUCAAACAAGCUUCAUUGCAAGAAGAUCAAGAAGUCUGGGAAGGUGCUGCUACUCCGUUCCACUGGAAAGCUACUCCAUACGAAUGGGAACAACCAGCCCAAUUCUGGAAGGUUUUGGCUAGAUACCCAAACCAACAAGAACACUUGGCUCACAACAUUGCUGUCCAUGUUGCUAAUGCUAAACAUGAAAUCCAAGAUAGAGUAUUCAAAUACUUCGGUGGUGUCAGCCCUGAAUUGGAAGCUUUAAUCAAGAAGGAAGUUUUCGAAUUGAGUCCUAGAAAGUAA